CGUCUCAUUUCUUUUUCUAGUGUUUUGCCUUUGCCCAGAGUUACGAAAUGGCCAGCGCUGGCGAAGGAGUUGAAAAUGCAGACUUCAGUGACUGCUGUCAAGUAAUAUACUAUUUGUCACACAACGGAUCUAAGAGAACCGACGAAAUAUGUAAGAUUGCUGCCUGUACCGAACAGGGUCAAUUCAGUCGCUACAUUAUGCCGUCGAAUGGCAUACCGAAAAGAAAAACUAACUUCACUCGCUUGAAAAUUACAAAUGGUGAAUUAGAGGAAAACGGUCGUAUAGUAACUACAUUUCCAAAGAGAACUGCUUUCACUGAUUUCUUGGAGUUCCUGGACGAUCAACGCCGGUUAAGACGAGUUAUCCUUGUAACACACAACACCCAAGAAUUUCACGGGCCAUCGAUUCUACGACUGGUAACAGAUCUGGGUAUGAUGGAGGAAUUUCAGUUACGUGUCGCAGGAUUUGCGAGCACGCUCAGUCUAUUUAAAGAAGUAUUUCCUAGGGGUACACCUUGCAGCCUGAAAGCUAUCGCUGGAAAUAUCCCCGAGUUCAACUGGGAAGCACAAGCAGCAUAUAAUGCGACUUGUAGGGAACAAAUAUUAUUGGAAAUAAUACGUUACUACAGGAAUCGCUUCCAGAUUGAAAACCAAAUUAAGAAUCUUACGGUAAGCGUUAGAGCUGCAUUAGAAAAGCUUGAGACUAGUGAUAGAAAAGACUCUCUAAAGAGAGUCUCUGGACUUUCCAUCCAAAUGAGGAUAAAAAUUGCUGAGGCAAGAAUCGGCUACGAAAAUUUAGUGGAAGCUUAUCAAUUUGGCCGCAACAUCGGAGUAUUAAGAUUACUGCGGAAUGUCGGGAUAAAACAGCACGUUAAAAACACGAUACUUGAGCAUCUAGAGGUCUCGGUGCCGCAAACUCCUCAACCAAUCGAAUGAAAAUUAUAGCCUCUAGAUUUCACUUCGAAGAUGAUGAAACUUUUGUUUCACUAUCAUUAUCCAAGAUUAAAUUUUUCUUCCAUAUUAUAUAAAUGUACGAUAAACAGAAUUCUAUACGAAGCUAACCGCAUAUGCAAUAUCCGACGUUCGUGUCGGUAAAUUUCUGUUACCCCGAAUGCAUUGCAUGCAUACGGCUUCCAUUAACACUAUAUAUUUUCGGACAUACAGAAACUGGCGUGCACGUGUAGCGUGAUAAACCUUUUCAUCUUUCAGGAGGUGUUUGUUUGGGCAAUGAUGUCCCAGGGAUAGAAUAGCUUAUUUUUACAUAUAUAAAGCAAGUACGGAAAUUCUUACCUGCACUCGUGGGGAAAGCCGUGGUGGGCGUAACUAACCCACUACGCUGGACCCAGAGGGCAAGGGUAGUUCAGGGUGAAUAAGAAGGCCCAAACAUUAUUUAUACAUACUUGAAACUUCCUCAUUCGCCUAAAUUCCGUAAAAAUGAAAGGAACCAAUUAGGAACCGCGUUCAAAAUCGGCACGCUAAAGAACAAAUCCUUAACAAGUCUUGCACUGACAAUGAGCAGAAGCAGGGUAGUUCAUCAAAAUUAUUUUAACAAGACGUUUCAAAAUUACCUUUUAAACAGAGCAGUUAUUCGUAAACCAUCGAUCGGAGCAGUUCAAAGAUAUAUUAAAAUCUUGGCGAAUGAUGUAACUCUGAAGAAAUUCCGUGCUUAUACUACUGUUAAAUAAUAUUAUUACUCUCAACAAUAUUCAAGCAUUAUAAUUUCAAUUCAGCUUUUGAAUAAACCUAAUCAUUGAGUUUAAUUGACGUUUUGAUUUAACCUAAUUAAUAACCUUCAACGUGAAUAGAUCUAUUAAACUCUCUCCGUAUCCAUUUUAGUAUAUCCACCGGCGCUCUAUCUGGCAUUGGUGAAUU